UGUUACGGUAAACGUGUAGGUUCUGACGGAUUGUCGGAUGUGUUCGCUAAACCGAAGGACAGCGAUGUAAAUACUUCAACCUGGAACCUUUCACAGACUUUUGUCCAAUAAAGCGAAAAACAGGAAGACUCUUCAUAAUAUGCUGUGAGCUACUGUGCUCCACCGGUUGCCAGGUCUGCUGAACGUUGGGGGUGUGGCCAGAGAAUCUGCAAUUAGGGUCAGGAGUUGGGUGCGGACCCCAGCCUCUGGAUUUACGAAAACACUUACCUGAGCUGAGUGCGCUGCCCCCUCCCCCCUACAGGCAUGGCUGCCAAACCACCCCCCCCACUCAUGAAAAAGCACAGCCAGACUGACCUUGUGAGCCGACUCAAGACCCGCAAGAUCCUGGGCGUGGGUGGUGAGGACGAUGAUGGGGAGGUGCACAGGUCAAAGAUAAGCCAAAUGCUUGGGAAUGAAAUGAAAUUUGCCGUGCGAGAGCCCUUAGGGCUGAGGGGAUGGAUCCUAAUUUCUGCGGUGAUGUUCACAAUUAUGGCUUUAAUGGCUCUGGUGUUCCCAAACCAGAUCUACGAGAUCGUGUUCGAUGAUCAGCUCUCCACCACACGAGUCACCGUCCGACUCUAUGGAGGAGCUCUGCUCAGUAUUUCUCUCAUCAUGUGGAAUGGCCUGUACACUGCUGAGAAAGUCAUCAUUCAGUGGACCCUGCUCACUGAGGCCUGCUACUAUGGAGUGCAGUUUUUAGUGAUGUCCAUCAUCCUCGUGGAGCUUGGCUCAGUGUCCAGUGCUGCCAUCCUCCUCCUCCUCAGUCAAGUGUUCUUCCUCAUUAUCACCCUCAUCUACUACUACCAUCUGGGACGUCGCCCCAAGAAGAUCUGAGAAACUCAAGAUGCAUUAUGGGAGAGGUUGGUGGGUGGGGCUAGCAUGAGUGUUAAGUAGCAGCGGAGAAUGGGACAGGGUAGUGUUCUGUAAAAUGGCCAGCACCCUGCCCACCUCCACAUAGACCCACCCUCCACCCUUAGGGACCAAUUAAAAUCCCCUCUGUUUAAAUAUAAGACCUCCUUCUUUCUGUUGGGGCCACAGGGUUGGUUCCCACUGCCAUCAACCUGGUACUGGGCAGAUAUCAAUGAAAGCUGUUCUAGUCUCUUUGCAUGUAUAGUUUCUUUGCAUUCUCAUUAGUUUUUGCACAGCAUGCAUAGGGAGUGUCUCUUUGUGGAGCUGAACAACAGAAUGAUAUGUACAAAGAUGAUACAUGUGCCUCUGUCCAGCAGUGUUUUUAUUCCAUACGUUGUUCAUCUAGCUAAAUCUGUCUGCGCUGAUGUGGAGUGUGUGAGCAAAAUGGAAAAAGUAGUAUCUUGCACAUUGUCAUAGACAUUUAGAGUUCAAUACUGAUGCUGCAGCCAGCUAGACAAAAGCUUAUAGCUGACUAGAUGUUCAGCUGUAUAAUUCUUGUUUGAUAUACUCCAGCUGUCUGGCAUUCAUUGACUAAUAUAGUUUUACACCAUAGGGUAGACAUAGUUCAUGCUAGUUUGUGAAAGAGAUUUUUUUGUUUAUUUGUUUCCGUGUGCAACAUACUGUUGUCAGCUGUCUGUUUAGUUGUCCAGAUAGCUUGCCAAACUUUCUCAAUCUUUGCUACAGUCAAAACUCAAUUAGCCCCCUUUAUAUGAUGGCAUUCAGACUAGAGCACAGCAGUGUAAUUUAAGGGCCCAGGACCCAGGAACUAGUGUCUUGAAUCCAGAACUUCUCACUGACACAGUCUGGUUUCAUGCCAGGUCUGUACAGUUUGACUGAUCAAGGUCAAAACACUGGGACUGUGAACUAGACAAGGUCACUCCAGGUCAGUUCUGUUUAUUUUUUCCUGUGUGAAAGCUGCUUUUACUCUCUGUAAAUUCAAAACUUUGUACCACGUGUUGACAACAUUUUGAUCCUCAGCUGUUUGGAUAUGUAAUACAAAAUGUAUUUAUUUGUUAAUUAAUAGGACCUUUUCAUUUCCUGCUGUAAGUAUGAUAUUUGGGUACUUGUUCUUUAAUGCAGGUCUCCGUAUAUCCCUAAGAAUUCAGUUCAGUUUUUAAGUGAAGUGUUAAUUCAGCAUUCUGUACAUUCAUUACUGUCAUUGUGGCUCUGAAUAUAACUAAUGAGAGCACAGAGCAGGACCAGGAUGUUUUAUAUUAUGUACAUGUGUCUUAUAAAAUGUUCAGUAUUCAGCACUGCUGCAUAGUAGUGUUGCAUUCAUUGUAUAGUUUCUGCCUUUAGUUUCUAGCUGUACGCUGUAGAAGCAAGGACCGAUAAUUUUUUUCUUCUUCCUGUUUGAUGGUGUUGGUUUAUUUUCCAUGCCUGUGUAAUGAACUGAAGCACUUGUCAAAAUUAUAUAUCUGUAGGGAUCUUGAAAUAACCUGCUGCUAUAUACCUUUGAACUGGGUUCAAUGCAUAAUGAAGCAAGUCAGCCAACUCGUGUGAAAAUCUCUCCCUAAAACACGUUUCUUUAAAAGUUGUGAAUGCCAAAACAGCCAACCUGUAUACUUUUAUAUAGACUGAGUAGAGUAUGCUCAGUUAAAAUAAUGACGGAGAAAGGCCAGUGAGUCAGACAGUAUUCAGACGGAAAUCAAUCUGCUGUAACCUGAGGCCUUUGGGACCUGUAGGAGUGGGUACUUCAGUUGUCAGAUGACAACAAGAAAGUCUGAGAAACUCAUGACACAUUAUGGGCGAGGUUUUUAGUGCGUGUGGUGGUAUGGGCGUUGUGUAGCAGUGCAUAUAAAGACAUGGUAGUGUUCUGUUGAAUGGCCAGCAUUCUGCCCACCUCCACAUAGACCCACCCCCCAUCCUUAGAGACCCGUUCAAAUCCCUUCAAUUUUAAUAAGAUCCCCUCCGCUCUGUUGGGGCUACAAGUAGGUAACCACAGGGUUGGUCUGCUAACGUGUGUCUUCGAAAUUGUUGAACGAGCACAAAGCCAUGUUCACCUUGAGCCUUGAUGAUUAUUUGCGUCUGGGAAGACCUCACCAGGAAGCAGAAAUGUUUUCACUGAAGCGGCUUGAUGUUUUAGACUCUGUUCUAACUAAUUAUAACCCUCAAAUGCUCUUGAGAUAGGGACUGGAAUUGCAUGCUUCCCUGGCUGAAGCGUUCCCUCAUUUGUUUGUGUGUGUCUAUAGUUAGAUGCAACUUCAGUAGCAUGGUUUGAGGCACAGAAACUGACAGAAGAUGAUCCUUAGUGUUUUAUUUUAACUUUCUAAGCACAGAGUUUGUCGGGUGUAGCACAAUGAACUAUACUGUUUUAUUCACUACGGUACAGUAUUGCAGUCACAUAAAUGUGUUAAUGUAGCAGAUAUUAAAAUCUCAACAUAUCCUUAGUCUUGCCUUAAUUUUCAAGAAGCAACAACUUAAAGCUAACUCUGUUCUUGUACAUACUGUAUGAAUGUAAAUAGUGUUUAGCCAUUGGUGCUUGCUGAGAUUUUUUGACAGGCACAGAGAAAAUCUGGUUCUCAUUUGUUUGACUGCAAAUUGAGGUACUUUCUCUAGAAUGUCUAUGAUCGGUCUCCCCUGUAGUAUCCCUUCAUUUUUUUUUUUUCAUUUUUAAAAUUGAAAAUCUGGUCUUUUUGUUUUAUUUGGUGACGGGAUGUGUUUUGUGUCCCUCAAGGUUAGAAUAGUGGAAUUGGUGGCAUGUUCUACUGUAAGCAUUAAUUAGUAACAUAUCUCUUUGAGUGUAACUUUAACCACCAAAAGAUGAUGUACAAGAGGAAAAAAAUGAUUUAUUGUUUGUUUGCUAAAUGCUACACACACUACCUUGCCUGAGACCUUUUCUUUGUGUAUACAGAGAUUAAGUGCAUUAGGGUAUUGUGUCUAUGGGAGUGACUCAUUUGUCUUCUUUGCUGGUAUGGAGUAGUUAGAAAUUUAUCAGUCUUGAUGAGAGAGGGGAUGACUUUUGUACAAGUCCACUUAUCCCAGAUCCAGCCUUCAGAGACAAAAGGCAUAUUAUGCAUCCAACCACCCCCGAGCUACAAGUACCCCACUUAAUCUGAGUGAAGGUUUAGGCUACAAGUGCGCCAUUCAGUCUGAGUGAAGGUUAAAGCCUGACGUGAGAACUGAAGGACCAUGGGAGGGGAAAAAAGGAGCCACUUUAUCACAAGUGUGUGGUGAGUCUAUUCCAGCGUGUUCAUAUCGUCUCAAUGUCAGGAGGCGGCCUUGCUGCUACAGACCUGUGUUAAGGACAUUGUUUAUAACGGCAGUCAUGGAGGAAGCUGGCUGGUCUGCAGGCCACCUUGAGGUUCACGAUCUCAGGCUCUGUGUGGAGUUUAGGCCAGCGUGUCAGGCAGCAGCGGAGUCAUCCGCUAACCGCCAAGAUGUCUGGAGUCUCUAUAAUACGGGUGGCUGGUUAAAUGACUACGUUCAGCAGCUGCUUUGGAAGGAGGAGUGGAAAGCAGUGUGGUGCCAUAGUUAUUUUGGCUCACUAGAUCUGCAGAUGUUCUGGUUUGUACAACAACCACCCUCGUUGUGAAUGUGAAAUUCAGGGCUUGUGGGGCUUUUUAUGAUUUUGUGCCCCAGCCUGCUUUACACGUCCCAGAAGCUUUAAUUUUACAGUUGCUUUGUUUUUGGGUGCAACAAAUAAUUAAUUAAGUAAAUAAAUAAAUAAAUGUUUGGAGCUGGGACAGAGGGUAGUUUGGUCUAAACAAAUAAAAAAAGCCUGUUUAAAACCAUUCCUUACAUUUAAUCUAAAAAAGCAUCUUUACUCAUUGGACACAGGUGUCAAACUCCAGUCCUGGAGGGCCACAGUGUCUGCUGGUAAUCAAGGUGUUCUCAGGACUAGUGGUUCCAAUCAGAAAAUGAUUGGCUAAAGAAUCCAAACAUCUUGUUCUCGUGGCCUUAAUUGGCAGCUGAUUGAAAGAAAACCACAAAAAACCCCAGACACUGUGGGCCCCCUGGGAAUUUCGUUUGACACUCCAUCAUAGGAUUAACAGAUAUGAUGUACAUAGUGUUAAAUUACAUUACAUGUCAGGAGUAAAGAGAUUAGCCGUUUCUCCACUGUGCUGCUGUAAGUUUAGCUAGCCAUCCUUUCUCUAUUAGUGUCUGGCUUUCUGCUUCGCAAAAGCCAUACUGUAAUGUUCUGAUAAUGUUGGCUAGAAUUUUAUUGCAAUAUGAAGAGGCUGCUGAUGGGAUUACUCAGCAUGUUGUGAGAAUGUUAUGUGAUAGCGGGCUCAGAGCAUGUCAUACAGGCACAAAUGGUAGAAUGUCUAGAGGGGAAAAAAACUUUCAACCCAGCUGUUCAGCUGUGUAUGGCCAAAAUGUUUUUGUGUAAAUGCUGUAAUGAUUAAACUGCUGUUGGUUUGUUCUAAAUGUAUCUGUAUAUUUAUUGUACUUGAAAGGGGAAUGGCUGUUGUAAAUUUGCAUUGUUUUGCUUUGCUUUGGAGACAGAAAAUAUUGAAUGACAUAUUGUACUUACCAACUUUUGAAAAGACCCAUUGGGACAUUGUGUAUGUAUUCUGAUGAUUAAAAAUACUCUUUUUUUGGAA